ACACUGGCAUCAAAGUGUGAAAGAAAAGCUGUUUGGUUUUUUCCCUAUCUGUCGAAGGACAUAUUUAAAAGUUAGUAGGAAGUGAAAAUAUAGAGGUGAUAAUUUCCCGUCAGGUUUGACGUUUACAAAGCGGGGGUUGUUCCCGCUGGAGUGGAAAGCACCACAAACACACUGAUGCGGUCACUGAGCACCGUAGGGAGUGAAAAAAAAUGCUCACAACACUUAACUAAACUAGUUUUUCUGUUUCUAGCUGUGGACUCCUGAGGCGAUAUACACGUGUGACUGCGGUGGACAACGUUGCUCAGCAAUUCUAGUUUUUACAAACGUAAUUGUUGAGAUGGUGGAAACAGACAGUCAUGGAGAUGUUCAGUUUGGUAGCAUCGGUCCACAGCCAUGUCGAAAACCGUCGAGCAGCGCUCAUACCUGGUUCUGGAGAACUACAUCGGAGGGAAGUUCGUCCCUUGUCGGAGUCACAUCGACUCCUAUGACCCGUCCACCGGAGAGGUGUACUGCAAAGUGCCUGACAGCGGCCAAGAGGAGGUGGAGGCCGCGGUGGCAGCAGCUAUAGAAGCUUUCCCCGGCUGGUCCGCCCGCAGCCCAGAGCAGCGAGCACAGGUUCUCAACAAGCUGGCCGACCUGAUAGAUGCCCACCUGGAGGAGUUUGCCCAAGCUGAAUCCAGAGACCAAGGUAAAACAGUAACAUUUGCACGGACUGUGGACAUCCCUCGAUCAGCAUACAACUUCCGCUUCUUUGCGUCAUCGGUGCUCCACCACACCACUGACUGCAGCCAGAUGGACCACAUGGGCUGUAUCAACUACACUAUCCGCUGCCCUGUGGGAGUGGCUGGUCUGAUCAGCCCCUGGAAUCUCCCCCUGUACUUGCUGACCUGGAAGAUUGCACCCGCAAUCGCUACGGGCAACACAGUGGUGGCAAAACCCAGUGAGAUGACCUCUGUAACUGCAUGGAUGAUGUGCAAGUUGAUGCAGCAGGCUGGUGUUCCUCCAGGAGUAGUCAACAUCGUAUUUGGCACUGGCCCGAGAGCAGGCGAUGCCCUCGUUGGCCAUCCUGAUGUCCCGUUGGUCUCCUUCACUGGUUCCACAGCAACUGCCCAGCACAUCACAAGGCGGAGCGCUCCCUACUGUAAGAAGCUCUCACUGGAGCUGGGAGGUAAAAACCCUGCCAUUAUAUUUGCUGAUGCAGACUUGAACCAGUGCAUUGAGACCACAGUUCGCUCUAGUUUCUCCAAUCAGGGGGAAAUCUGCUUGUGCACCAGUAGGAUUUAUGUAGAGAGGAGUAUUUACUCUGAGUUCCUGGAAAGGUUUGUGGCUGCAGCUAAGAAGUGGAAGACUGGCGUGCCCUCUGACCCCAGCAAUAACAAUGGGGCGCUCAUCAGCAAAGAGCACCUGGAGAAGGUUCGAAGCUUCGUAGCACUUGCCAAAUCUGAAGGCGGUAUCGUCCACUGUGGUGAAGGGGUUGACCAGCUGGACCUGCCUGAGAGCAACACCAGUGGCUACUUUAUGCCAGCCACUGUCAUCUCAGGCAUAUCUGACAGCUCCCGCGUCAUGCAGGAAGAGAUCUUUGGCCCUGUCACAUGCAUCAGCCCCUUUGACACAGAGGAAGAGGCUGUUUCCAAAGGUAACGGCGUACGUUAUGGUCUGGGGGCCACCGUGUGGUCCCGGGACGUGGGAAAGGUUCACCGGUUGGUCAAGCGCUUACAGGCAGGUAUGGUGUGGACCAACUGCUGGCUGGUGAGAGAUCUGAACCUGCCGUUUGGAGGGAUGAAAAGAUCUGGGGUGGGGAGGGAAGGGGGGAAGGAUUCCUACCACUUCUUCACCGAGGUGAAGACUAUCACGAUCAAACACUGAGGGAGGAACAGCAGUGGCAGGUCUGGAUUAGAGGAACAUUUUCUGUUCUCCAGUCUCUUCAAAUGUGGAGAAAGUUUUGUUGUUAGUUCAACCUCUGUCGGCAAUUCUUAGGAAUUUCAACAACAAAUGCCUCCUCCUUGGAUUACUGGAGCCUGUAAUUAAGUCACAUUUGUAGAAUACAAAAGUCGGAGAAAGUCACAAUGGAAGAAAACAAACAUAUAAACCAGCAGAGAUCAAAUAGAAACAUCAAGUGAAGUGGGACCAUAUCACUUUGCAAAACACUGGGACGUUCAUACCUUUUUCAAUCAUUCUUUGCUGAAUAUUUUGUACCAUCAUCCUCUACUGUGGAGCAGUUGAAAUGCAUCGAGUAGCGUGUGUCAGGGCUUAGAAUUUGAAAAAGUACAGACCAAAGAAGAUAAAAUCAGAUAAGGCAAAAGCUUAUUUAUUGCCAUUUUCAAGAAAGUCAAGAGCACAAUUUCUGAAUGUAGGAAGAGCAAUGUAAUCCCACAUCCUUUAAAAGUUUAAACUGCAGGUGUGUGUCCUGCAUGACAGCUCAGGAGGUAACAUAAUCAUUCUGAAAAGAAGGCAUACAAACACUGAAAAUACUAAUAGAAACUAGAGCUGGUACAGUGUGUGCCUCAGGCUUACCCAAAAAAUCUGUUCCUCAAAACAUAACUUCAUGACUGUAGAAGUAUUUCUCCAGUUGUUUUGUAACACAACUGUUGUCCCACAUUAAAACACCUUAUAUAAAUGCCAAAUGGAGUUCAUUGUUCUUUAUCUGUACCUCAAAGUCUGACUUAUGUCAUCGUUGUCUCUGGUAUGCAGUAACUCUUGAUAGUAUCUAGUAAAAGAUAGAUAGCCAUCAGAUUAUGAGUCUGUUACAAGAAAACAGGUCUACAGGUCAGUGGAAAUGAAGGAGUCAAAGUACUCGUCAUGUGUCUUGGUGUCAUCCUUUAUGGUCUGUUCUGUUGCAGACUUACUGUUGUCAUGCAAACAGUAUGUACUCAGAAGUAACUGUUUUACAUUGAGUUGUUUUUAUGUCCGACCUGCUGAUGCAGGAAAGGUAAAUAAAUGCCAAACUGUC